CGCCGGGAAAGACCAUUGGUCUUACUUGGUCGCGGCCGCUGCCACCAUGUCCCGCGUGUCGGUCCCUUGUCAUGUGAAAGGUACCGUGGCCCUGCAGGUGGGCGACGUGCGGACCUCCCAAGGCCGGCCUGGCGUGCUGGUCAUCGAUGUCACCUUCCCCAGCGUCGCGCCCUUCGAGUUGCAGGAGAUCAUGUUUAAGAAUUACUACACAGCCUUUCUGACCAUCCGUGUUCGCCAGCACACCUCAACACACACUCCAGCCAAGUGGGUGACCUGCCUUCGGGACUACUGCCUGAUGCCUGACCCACACAGUGAGGAGGGAGCUCAGGAGUAUGUAUCGCUGUUCAAGCACCAGAUGCUGUGUGACAUGGGCAAAGUACUGGAACUACGCCUGAUUCUGCGACAGCCAUCACCACUGUGGUUGUCUUUCACGGUGGAGGAGCUGCAGAUCUACAAACAGGGACCAAAGGACCUUGGGAUCUGGUUCCAGGUCUCUCCUACUCUGCCCGCCUCAGGGCAGUAUGCCUUUGCUUUGCAGAGCCCUUCCAUGACCUUCCCCAAGUGGCUCUCGCACCCAGUGCCUUGUGAGCAGCCUGCUCCCCUUCUUGAGGGUCUCCCAGACCCCAGCAGGGUAUCAUCCGAGGUACAGCAGAUGUGGGCGCUGACAGAGAUGAUCCGGGCCAGUCAUACCUCCACAAGGAUCGGCCGCUUUGAUGUGGAUGGCUGUUAUGACCUGAACUUGCUCUCCUACACUUGAGCUGUGGCCCUUAGUCAAGACGUUGGCCUUCCGUGCCCAUCCAGGCCCAGCUUGGGCCAUCAGAGGCUGAAGUGCUGUCCCUGUGCAUUCCGAGUGUUGCCUGCAUGCGCAUUCUGUCAGGACCACGUUCACAGAGUCAAGAUUCUUGGGGGCUCACUGUGUUGCUUUAGCAUGAACUCCUGGAGGGGAUACACUCUGUCCUCACCUGACUGCAACCCAAACCUCCUCCUUCGCCCUCCCUAAAAACACUCCAGUUCUAUUCCUAAGAAUCCCCCUGUGCCCUCUGUCUCCCCUGCCAACAUGAACAUUCCUGUCUUCUGCCUGCUCCCUCACCCUGAGUGUAGUAGGCUGGGUAACCUACUAGAACCUGCUCUGUCUAGCCUUGGAAGACUGCUGUAACUUGGCAGUCGUAGUUUGGAAGCUUGAAGGAGAAACAGGAGCCGCGUUUUUCCUUCUGCGCCCCCUAAUGGUCUUCUUUCCCUUUGUAUUAUGCCCACAAAAAGAAAAUUCCUAUCUAAACUCUUCUGCUGCUUGCCUGGGGAGCCACACAAAGCUGGGAAUUUGGGCAGCCUGAGUCCCUCGGUGCCUGAGUUGGCUCCUGGAUGUGUGUUCAAAUGGGUCUGCCCCCAUCCAUCGGGUCUGGGCGGGUGCCCUGGGCAAGGCUGGGGCCUGAAAAUGAGUCCUGGGACCUGUCUGCCAUCUGACAGAGCCCAAAGCGCAUCCUUGUCCCUCUUCCAGUUGCCCCCAUCUAAGAGCCACGCUCAGUGUGAUGAGAGAUCAACCUCGGUGGUGGUGGUGGGGGCCAGGUGAGGGUUCUCAUUGGUGUCUUUUAAGAGGCUGAGGUUUUCUACAACCCCAGGCCAGCAGCUGAAUAAGACAGGCUGCUGCUCCUUAUGAGAAAAUCCUGCUUCUCUCUGUUUUUUCCUGGCUUGCUUCUGGGGGCUGUUAUGAGGCAGUACUGCAACAUGUGUUGGACCUGGAAAAUUGGAUGUUUGUGUGGCUCAACAGCUUUCUAGGGGAAGGGCAGCCACUUUUUGGUGGCCACCUUCUGAUGUCACCUAUCAGAGUUCUUGUAGGUGGUAUCUGCCUGCAGGGUCAUUUACUAAGCCCCAUUCAGCUUUUGCUAAGAGGGUAAUGAUCAGCCUUGUGCUCAGGGAGUAGCAGCUCUCAGUGUGUAUGUGAGUGAGGGGGGAGGUCCCUGGGAUGGCAGGGACCCUGCUUUGCACAGCUCUGUCCCCAGCACAGGGCCUAGUGUGCAGCAAGAUCAAUAAAUACUUGUGGAAUGCA